AAUAAACAAAACAUUUAAAAAAUCAAAAUAGUAUAGAAAUAAUUCAAUUUCUCUGUUUACAAAAGUUUGUAAUAUAAUAAUUAAGAAAAUUUUAAAUUUUUUAAUAAUAAGACAAAUGUAAUGGAAGUGAAACCUUCAAUUUCAUCACCUGAAUACACUGUUGAAAUUAAAAAAGAGUAUAAACUAAAUUUACCUCUAAUUCAAGUUAAAACAGAGUUUUUUAACGAAUUUGAAAAUCAUCAGAUUCUGUCAGUAAUUAAAGAAGAACAUAGUGAAAUCAACAAUCAAAAGGUUGAAACCAGUGAUCUAAACGUAGUCGAUGUAAAAAAAGAUUUAUUUAAGACUAGUACCGAUUUAAAUAUUGUAAAACAGGAAUUUAUAGAUUGUGAUGUGCCAGAAUAUUGUGAUAUACCAACUUUAAAGAGCGAAUUCGAUCAGCCUUUUAGUGAUGAGGAAUCUCCAGAAUUAUUACAGCAAGUUAAGGAAGAAAAUUCAAAGAAUGUUAUAAAGAAGUACUCUGGUCUAAUUUGCCAAAAUAAUUUUGCCUUCUAUGGGGUAAAAAAGAAGCAUUUAAAAUCACAUGAUGCAUACACAUGUGAGGUGUGUUCUAAAGAAUUUGAUAAUGAGUCAAAUUUAUCCCAUCAUUUAAAAAUUCAUAAUGGAGAAAAGCAAUUGAAGUGCGACAUUUGUUCUAAGGGUUUUAAGAAAACUGCAUAUUUAAAAGAUCACAUGAAAAUUCACAGUUAUAAGAAACAAUUUCAGUGUGAUAUUUGUUUAAAACAAUUUGUCCAAAAAACAAAAUUAGACAUUCAUUUAAGAACUCACUUCGGUGAAAAACCGUAUCAAUGCGAAUUUUGUUCAAAAAAUUUUAGCCAAAAAGCCAGUUUAAAUCGCCAUGUUAAAAGUCACACUGGUGACAAUCCGUUCAAGUGCGAAAUUUGUUCUGCCACUUUUUGCAAUUAUUCAAGACUCACUUAUCAUAUGAGAAUACACGCUGAUGAAAAACCAUUUAAAUGCGAUAUUUGUCCCAAACAAUUUACAGAGAACUCUAGUUUAGUAAGACAUUUAAGAAUUCACUCUGGAGAAAGACCAUAUGAGUGUGUAAUUUGUUGUAAAAAAUUUAAUCAGAAAAGUAACUUAGAUUAUCAUUUAAAAGUGCAUACUGGUGAUCUACCAUUUAAAUGUGACAUUUGUUUUAAAGCUUUUCCACAGUAUUCAAGAUUAAAAUGCCACAUGAGAAUUCAUGACAUUGAAAAUCCAUAUAAAUGUGAUAUUUGUUUUAAGCAAUUUACGCAAAACUCACAACUUAAAAAACAUUUAAAAAUUCAUUCAUAAUUCAUAUGUAUAUAAAUAUAACCUCUCAAUUGUUUGUAAUGUCAUGUAGGUAUUAGUCAAAUCGAUUUUCCUAUUAAAACUAUUUUAUUUAAUUUUUAUCGUUUCAUUCUAUAUAUUCUCUGUCUCUAGAGAAAAACUUUUGUACAAGGACCUAUUAAUUUUUUGUCUGUAUUCAAAUUCAUGUUCUAAAUCAGUAACUCUGGUAACACUGUCAAAGUAAUCAUGAAAAUCGUAUGAGAUAAAAUUAAACUCUGCAAAGGAAACAUGCAAAAUUUUUUUAUUUAAAAAAUGCAAAGCAUUUUUGGCAUUAUGCCAUCUUCAGUGCUUAUCUACAAUAGAUAUAAAUAAAGACUUAAAGAUUACAACUUUUUUAGAUUUCAUAAAAAUUACAUUUAAAAGAAAAAUUUAAAAAAAUCCAAAAUUGGAAACACUCAUAAAGGAAACAACCCUUUGGAUUCCUAGGGAACCUCAUAAAGCUUAUGCUUGGAAAGAAGGGACGCUAUGCUUCCCAAAUCAGUGCCAACAAAUAAUUGAACUGUGUUUACAGUUUCUAAUUAACGGCCACAGUCUCUGAUACAAAAAAAAAUACAAGAGUCCAAAAAGUGCCUAAACAAAACAAAUUAAUUGGUAUUUUAGAAUGUACCAGUGGCGCACCACAAAAAAGGUUUAUGAAUAGAAAAGGGGACAAAACCCCUGAAAAAAAUCAAUCUGUACAUUUUCACAACUAUUCGGCAUGCUCAAGGAUGUAAGCCUUACAACACAACCUAGAUUUCAAAUUUGAACUAAAUAUAUCAAAAACUGCAGGAGCUAUAAACAAAAACACCUUAUAGAUCAGUAUUGAAGUGUGUGGGACCUAUGUUUAUAUGUUAUUUUAGUCAUGAAAUAGUAAUAAUAAUAUUUAUUCAGCUUUGUGACAUACAUAUUUACAAUAUUUUAAAAAGGCUAAAAAAUGUAUAAACAUCCUAUUAGCCUUGUCAACACAUACAAUUUUAAAAAGUAGAGACAAUCUACAAUUGAGUUUAAAAUAAAGUAUAAAUUAAAAAUAGUAUACAAUAGAGCAAAGACAUUAAUAAUUAUAAUAAGGAGAUACCAUUACAGACCACCGAGUUUCAUUCAUAAAUUCUGCAUAGGAAUAAUAUGUUUUGGACAAAAGAUAUGCAUAAAGCUUAUUUUUGAAUACAUUAAAGAUUUUUUAAUUACCAUUGACUUGAGUAUAUCUAUUAAAACAUGCAACACCUCUGUAGAUUUCGGAAUUCUGUCCAACUGAGAGUCUAGAGAAAGACUGCUGUAGACAUUUGUAAUUGCGUGUGUUAUAAUUGUGUGAGUGUCUAUAAUCUGAUAAUGGGGAUUCCUAUUUUUAAUCUAUUGCAUAGCUUUUAUCGCGGGCUUUGAGCGCGGCGACUGAAUCAAGAAAUUCCGUAGCGUAACGAAAAAAACCUAACACCCCCCACUCCGACCGGCACAGCGGUGCGGCGUUAAACAAUAAACUUCUCAUUUAUUCAAUAAAAGAAAAUCGAAAAAGAAAUUCCGUAACGAAAAUAAACCUCACACCCCCACUCCGACCGGCACAACGGUGCGGCGUUGAAAGCCGUGCAUUGUCUAACGUCGUUUCAGUUCGGCAGACUUUGGUACGGUGUUUGUGUGCGUGCGACUAGACAUAUGCGUGUAGACUAGCUGCUAACUGCUCAUAACUGAUUCUAUUUCUUUUAGACACAAUUUCGGAAAAAUUGAAUUUGAAAAUGAAUAAUAAUCCACAAGAAUCCACAACAAAAUAUGGGACCACCAUUGACGCGGUAUUUUCCAGAUAUUUAGAGGAUAUCAAGAGUAAUC